CUAGUAGUCACUAACAGCAGCAGAAGCAGGACACGUGACCGCCGCCAUCUUACCCCUCUCUCCCGGAAGAAGCUUCUUAUUCUCCUCGCUCUGCCGCUUCGUCACGUGUGGGGGUGGAGACUGGUGUGGCGUCGGUUGCUCUCAUUGGCUAGGAUGGCCGGUUACGUGUGAUUGGCUGUACAUGAAUGUUAUUCAGGAAGUAGCGGGGACUGUGGGAGCACGUGUGCUGCGCGAUGGAUUUCCCACGCUCUUUCUUUCCGGGGUACUACCAAGAGGGUCCCACUAACCGAGAAGUCUCCCAUCCUGUCUCUGUGCUGGGGUGGGGAGAGCACUGCAGAGUGCAGCCAGGUGUCCGGACCCCAGACCAGGAUGAUGGCGGUUUCAUCCCUCUGUACAGCAGAUCGCAGGAGCUAUGGGUCCCUGCGGAGCCAGCCCCCACCCCACUGCUCCCUCCUAACACCGAUGGCGGAUACGCUCCGGUCACUGAAUCUGAUCUGCUUUACAAGUAUGACCGAAACCACCAGCAAAUCAUGAAUUUUCCUAAGCAGGUCAGCCGGUUCUCCUGGGACCAUAACAACAUCGCCUUCCAGUGUAUGGGCCGAUUGCUGGAGCCGCACUGUUACAUGGGACACAAACUGCUAAAGGGGGAGGUCAGACAGGAUAAAAAGAAGAUGACGACACUGUUCCGGUCUCUGCAGACGGUUCCAUUCCAAGACUGUCCAUUCACCUACUCUAGUUGGCACCUCCGUUCCCUCUCCGUUCUCGCGGGUGACUGCCUACAAGAUGUGCCGCCUGCCUUACUGGCAGAGCUGGUGAAUGAGGGUAUGUCUGAGGAGUGGAGGCACCUGCAGUUCCAGGACUCUCUAACUGGGGGCGCUCUUUCCUGGACUCCGUACCCUGGGAGAUCGAGCGGUUGCCUUAUCUAUCCACAUGGGGCAGCUUUGAACCAACUCUGCUUUCAGCAGCUGCUCCUGAAUAAACGUGGAGUGAAGAUUUGGGGAGAUCCCGCAAGACACGUACUUGGAGAGCGGAUACAACAAGUGAGCACAGGACACUUUGAAAAGAUAUAUGUUGGAGUUCGAGCAUCUUUCCAUUUGGCCACCUUCAGUUUUUCUGCUCAUGACCCACCCAGUCCUCUUCAAGUUGUGAGCACUAAGACCCCCAGUACUUGCAUCAAUGUCAGCCCCCACAUGCCAGGUGAGCUGUGUGUAUGUACAGAGGGCGGGAACCUGUACCUGUGGAACCUGGAGAUGGGGUUACAGAAAGUUCGGCAUAAUCCUUACACCCUCUUCUUCCGUGAUGAUUCUCAUUGGCGAUGGAGUGAUUUCACCGCACACCCACGUGUACUCACCACUGCGGACAGGACAGGAGUGCAGGCGGCUGAUAUCAGGGUGCCCGAGGCUCAGGGUUGGGACCUGUUUCGGAUCGGACAGGAGUCUUUGUGCCAGAGGGGGGAGAGGGUGAUAUUGACGCACUGUCUGAGGGAGACGAAUCCUGAACUCUUUCUUGUGACCACCCAGUUCUCACUGUACAUUAUGGACGAGAGAUUCCCCGUGGUGCCGCUGGUUAAAUGGGACCAUAUGCUGGAGAGACCCCCGGCCUAUGUCACUGUAAUCCCAGGGGGGGUGACCGACAGUCCAAAUAAGAUUCUGCUGGGAACUCAGCACAGUCAGGAGACCCAGAUGCUGCAAUAUUCAGGGGGCAGCAGAGCCUUUUGUCAGCUGCAUCUUCCAGCUGUGAGUCUGCCGCGGAUUUCACAGUCACUCGGUCAUCUGGCUCCAUUUCAGCCCCAUCGUCACAAGUCUGUGGCACAGAGGCUGGCCUCUCCUUUGGCAGGACUGACUGCCGCAUACAGCGAACGCGCUCCCAAUUCUGUGGUGGUUUUCCAGCUGACAGACGCCGGUGACCUCUUCACUCACAGGCUAGUGAGGAAAGAGACAGAUGAGGGUCAUCCGUCAGGCACACAAGAGACUGUGCUCAAUAUCCACCCGGAAGAGCAGACUCCAGAGGAGCAUGACACAGACCAAGGGGUGCUACAGCAUGGCCCCGAGCCAAACCAAACCCCCGCCCAGGAAGUAUUGGCCGCGGGAUCUCGUUGCGCAGAUUCUCCGUUAUCACUCAGUUCCAAGUCUGCGCUUCAUUUCCACAGUUGGAUUUGUGAUCUGAUUGCAGAGCAGCGGGUAGAAAGUCUCCAACGUCCAGCAUUCCAAAUCAACAAACUAUUCAGUGCUAAAGAAUUGGGUGAAAGUGGGCCAGAGAUGUCCGACCUGCGAGGUUACUUGCGUCAGAGUAUGAAACAGGGAGAGCUCAUACAAAUCCAUGCCCCAGGGGCACUGGAGACCUUAGAGCCGGUCUGCACCGCGCAGUGGACUGACCCAUUGAGUCAGAGACUGAAUGCCUCCUGGGAGGGGCAGCUGGUGCUGUGGUGGGACGACCAUUAUGGACUGAACAGGGACAGGAAAAUCCAGGCUCUUAGAGAGAAGAGGAGAAGACAGAAGUUGCUGAAAGCCCAUAAGCGGAGGGUGCCAUCUGGAACCUUCACGUCCUCAUUUAGCCUGGGGUCAGACAAUUACAUGACGGAUGAUAGCGCCCCUUUGCCAGACACCGGAAUCUCCAUUUCCUCUGCACAGAGUGAGCCAUUCAUGGGUCAUGUCUCUACAGAUCACGCAACUCCAAGGAGUGUGGAGUCUGGGCCAUCCCUGACCACGGAGCAGACGUACACAAGUCACAACUGUCCAUUAGACAGCUCCCAGUUAGAGACCGUCUCACAGUCGGCAUCCGGCUCGUUUCCCCUUGCGUCAUCUCAAUCUUUCAGUUACAAGGGUGUCCCCAGAGAGCGGAGACGGACGCUUCAAGACUUCAUCUCCCAUUUGGGAGAAAGCGGCAGCACCGUCGAGCCUUCCUCUCAGGCCAUGACCACCCAGAGCUCACAGACUGUCUCACAGCGCUCCCAGCCAUCCAGUAAGAGAUCUCGCAUGGGGUUCUAAGCAUCACCCAGUCACAGACCCCUACUCCUAGUGCUGACCUAAUGACGUCCUGGUCUGCCCUCUCAGAGGAGCCAAGGGGAUUAUGGGUACGACACAAAUAAACCGUGGUGCUCUAUUAAA